UUGAGAAAACCUUCUGGAGGGAAGAAUUACACUAGAAAAACAACAGAGGAGCAAGUCCAAAUUUGGGUGAGCCUCUGCUAUCUUCUCUCAGCCUGCUUGAGUUGUAAUUUGUAAUCAGACCUUUCUGUAAAGUCAAAAAUACCUUUAGAGGAGACAAAAAGAUGUCAGAGCUGGCAAAUUGGGUUGUUCAGUGGGGACCAAACCCCUGGGGUCCAAACUCUUGCAAAAGUAUCCAGCAGGCUAACCUAGAGUUUGCCAAAUUAAAAGAGAUGGCCAAGACUAAGCUCUUCUCCCGAAAAUCCUUAAAAUGUGCAGGAGCGUGGGCUGUGUGGUUAGUUGCCAAAAGUUUAGCUGAAGAAAAACAGGCAGCCCAGGUAGAAAUUCAGAAGCUAAGGGAGGAAAACAAGACACUGAAAGCAGAAAUAAAGGCUCAGAGACUUAAACUAGAGGAGGGUAUAACUCGAGAAGAAGCUGUGGCUGUGGAGCAAGUGCGAAGUGUUCUCCAGUAUCAAGAGGUGUGUGAACAAAAAAAGGCCAUUUUGAAUGAAAAUCAGGCAUUGAAGGAAAAGCUAGCCAUCAGUACAAAAGCUGUAGAGGAGGUGCAAGGAACGAUCCGAUUGCUGGUGCAAAAAAUACAGAUCCUAAAAGAGAAGAGUACAGACCACCGGGCCUGCGAGGUCAAGAUGGAAAAGUUAAAAGCAGCGUUAGAGGCGAAGCAUGUCACAGCCAUGGCCCUUAAAAAAACACCCUACCAAAAAGAUGAUGAGCUCUGGGAUGGAAAAAGAUGGGUUAAUCCAGAUGGCAGCCCCUCUGUAGAGGAGCGUAAGCCUGAGAGCCCACAGUCUCUAGUUUUUGAGAUGCCAGAAAGGUUUAAAGCAAACCCCCUUUUGCUGAGCAGUGCUCCGGUGGCUGUGAAAAGGGAAAGGGAAAGCGAGGGAAAUGUGCAGCCACGGGCAGAACAAGUUAUUACAGAGGGAACAACCACUGCUGACCUGGCUCCUCGCCGGUUCAAACCUGGGAGCACCCAGGGAAGGAGACAGCAGUUGGCAAGGAGUGUCUGGGCAAGGGAGGACAGAGCGGUGUCUAGGGGAAGGGGCAGCAGAGGAAAGGAAAACUCCAGGGAGAUGGGGGACCCAGAGGUGCUGCAGACCACUGCUUCUGCUGGUGCGACCUCCCAGAUCCCCUUCUCGGGAAAAGGGAGGAAAGGAAGGUGGCAGGGCAGGAGACAGUGGCAGUGUGGUGCAGCUCCCCGAUUUGUGGUACAAAAUACCAUGGCCAGGAGGGAGUUAAGCACCAUGCGAGUGGACAUAUGGAGGCAGCUUCGGAACCACGGGGAGGACAUGGCCCGCUGGGAUAACGCUCCCACCAGAGUUUUGUUGGAUCGCCUGCUGGAGAUCAGCGGGAGGAGAGAGGGAAGCGAGCCAGGACCCCUGCCCUCUCCAUCAUAG